CGUGCAGACAGAUGUCGUCAACUCUCCACACUCAAAUCUGCAGGAGGAGGAGGGAUCUAAAUCUGAACUCCUGGAUCUGACUGACGCUGACUACUGAGGUGGAUAUUUCCUUUAACAAAAAUGUACAGAAUCCAAAACCUCUGGUCCCAUAGAUUUAACUUUCUGUCACACUUUACUGGAAUCUACUGUUUUUCGGAAGCGCAAUAACGUUAGUUAAAAGUGUUUUAACCUUCUCUGGAGGAGAAGGAGCUGGUCGGUAAACUCCAUCCAUGCUCGACUCGGCGAAGACCAGAUCCACGGAGAUGUGAGUUUGUUCUGCUCGGGUCGGAUAGAAGAGCAACUAGGAGACGUGAAUGUGUGGAUACCUAGAGAGUAAGUAAAAGGUGGAUAUAAGCCGAAGUUAUGAAAAUGACCGGAGCCAUGGAAACUUCUUUCAAACUGGCUUUGAAGAAACCGCCCUCCCUACGGACAGCAGAGGAUCUGCACACUAUCUACAGCCACCUCUACCACAUGGAUGUCCUCUCUCACCUUAGGGAACAUCAGCUAAGGUCGAUGUGUACCUCGGCCAGGUAUGAGAGACAUGAGGCUAACCACGUCCUGUUCUACCCAGACAGCAUCGCUACCUGUUGGUACAUCCUGCUUUCUGGAUCUGUCUUCGUCAAGGAGCACAUGUACCUGACGAGUGCUGCUUUGGCAAACAACUGGGGGGCAGACGAGGCUGUGAAUGCAUCACUUUGGAGCCGGCAGAAAUGAUUGUGGUGGAUAACGGAAGUGAGGGGGACGACAGUUUUCUGCAGAGAGAAGAAUCCCAACGGAGGUCCAGGCGGCGCUUCAGGAGGGUCAACCCCAGGGGAGAGCGGGAACUCAUCACAGACGGCCAGGAACCCGGCGGCUACAACACG